AGGGAGGUGGGGGUGGGGGAGGAGUGUUGCUAUAUAUUGCGGGGAGCUGACUGAGGUAGUCGCAGUUCUCCUGAAGGAGGAGACACCAGCGGUUAAGUGUUUCCUCGCAAGACACGGGAUACAUCCAUGAGUUUUAAGGUGGUGUGGGCGCUGGCGGCGGCCCUGGCUGUGGGCGUCACCGCUGAGCCUCGCUACGCCAGACCAGGAGAUCAUGAGCCACAGGUGUACGGCAGCAGUGCCCAGCCAGACCGUCUGGCUCGACGCGUUUGUUACUACGAGACGUGGGCCGUCUACCGUCCUGAUGAGGUUCACUACGACAUAGAGGACAUCCCCGCUGACCUCUGUACUCACCUCAUCUACUCCUUCUGUGGGGUUUCCAAUGUUACUUGGGAGGUCAUGGUCCUGGACCCUGAGCUGGACAUCAACGCCAACGGCUACCGUCGCUUCGUGGCUCUCAAGGAGAAGUAUCCUGACUUGAAGACGAUGAUCGCCGUGGGUGGUUGGGCCGAGGGAGGCAAAAAGUACUCACAGAUGGUCUCCGUGGACGAGCGCCGACACACCUUCGUCAGGAGCGUUGUCCAGCUGCUGACAGACUACGGCUUCGACGGGUUCGACCUUGACUGGGAGUACCCAGGAGCGACGGACCGCGGUGGUGCAUAUGCUGACAAAGACAAUUACUUGAAAUUAGUUCAGGAGCUUCGAGACGCAUUUGACUCAGUGGGAGCUGGGUGGGACCUGACGGCGGCGGUCCCUGUCGCCAAAUUCAGGCUGCAAGAUGGCUACCACGUGCCGCAGCUGUGCAGCCUGUUGGACGCCAUCCACAUGAUGACGUACGAUCUGCGAGGCAACUGGUGUGGGUUCGCUGACGUCCACUCCAUGCUGUACUAUCGUCCCGGCAUCGACGAGUACGCCUAUGAGAAGCUCAAUUGUAAUGAUGCUGUCCUUCUGUGGGAGGAAUUAGGAUGUCCCGCUGACAAACUGGUGUUGGGUACGCCCUUCUACGGUCGAACAUACACCCUCAGCAACCCUGCAGAAAGCAAUGGCCUUCAUGCAUACAUUGUCACAUGGGCGGGCGGCGGAAAGCCUGGACCAUACACCAACGCCACCGGAACCUUGGCGUACUUCGAGAUCUGCAAGAUGAUGGUUGACGACGCAGCCUGGGAAGACCGCUAUGAUGACGUCGGCCUCGUCCCAUACACUACGAAAGACGACCAGUGGGUUGGCUACGAGGACCCUGACAGCCUCAAGAUCAAGAUGGACUACAUUAAGGAAAUGAAAUUGCUGGGGGCCAUGACCUGGGCCGUAGACCAGGACGACUACCUGGGCUGGUGCAACAGAGGAAAGAAUCCCAUGAUGACAGUGCUCUAUGAAGGCAUGAAGGACUACAUCGUACCUGUGGCGCCAACCACCACCACCACGAGAAACCCAUGGGACCCGACCACCCCCACUACCACCACCAGGGACCCCAAUGCACCUACCACCACCACAACUACAAGGGACCCCAACGCACCCACAACUACGAUGGGUCCCAUUGACUGUAACGUACAGGACUACUGGCCCCACCCUGACUGUGAUAAGUAUUACUGGUGCUUCGGCGGAGAGCCUCACCUAGAGCAGUGUCCGCCUGGUACAUACUGGAGUCAGCCUAACAAGAUCUGUGACUGGCCACAGAACGUCGACACCUCUGACUGCAACAUUCCUGCCCUAAAGAGAGACCUUCACCCCAAGGCCAACUCCAACAUCGCUCCUCCUCAGGUCAAAGGCAAACCCGCUCCUGCUCACCCCAAAGCCGCCAAGCCUGCUGCUCCUCAGCCCAAAGCUAAGCCCGCUGCACCCCACCCCAAGGCCAGCCACGACGCAAAGGCUGAAAAAGCCCCACCUAUUGUAAAAAAGUUAAGAAACCAACUACCUUACACGCCAGGGGCAGCCAUUAGAAUAAUGAAAUUCGUGUGCGAUGAAGACGAUAGAGUGAUGGGCCUCGUAUGUAGCGAAGAUGUAGCCCUUGUUCUUCACAAGACGUGUGUCCUGGGACUGUGCGCAGGUCCUCCCGCCACACUUACUACAUCAAUGAGUUUCAAGGCAGCAGUGGUGGGGGUGUUGGCGGUGGUGGCGGCUGUGGGAGUCUACGCAGAGCCUCGCUACGCCAGGCCUGGAGAUCAUGAGCCACAGGUGUACGGCAGCAGUGCCCAGCCAGAGCGUCUGGCUCGACGGGUCUGUUACUACGAGACGUGGGCCGUCCAUCGUCCUGAGGAGGUGCACUAUGACAUAGAGGACAUCCCCGCUGACCUCUGUACUCACCUCAUCUACUCCUUCUGUGGGGUUUCCAAUGUUACUUGGGAGGUCAUGGUCCUGGACCCUGAGCUGGACAUCAACGCCAACGGCUACCGUCGCUUCGUAGCUCUCAAGGAGAAGUAUCCUGACUUGAAGACGAUGAUCGCCGUGGGUGGUUGGGCCGAGGGAGGCAAAAAGUACUCACAGAUGGUCUCCGUGGACGAGCGCCGACACACCUUCGUCAGGAGCGUUGUCCAGCUGCUGACAGACUACGGGUUUGACGGGUUUGACCUUGACUGGGAGUACCCAGGAGCGAUGGACCGCGGUGGUGCAAUGGCUGAUAAGGACAAUUACUUAAAAUUGGUUCAAGAGCUUCGAGCUGCAUUUGACUCGGUGGGUGCUGGGUGGGACCUGACGGCAGCGGUGCCUAUAGCCAAGUUUAGGCUACAGGAGGGCUACCAUGUGCCGGAACUGUGCAGCCUGUUGGACGCCAUCCACAUGAUGACAUACGACCUGCGAGGCAACUGGUGUGGGUUCGCCGACGUCCACUCCAUGCUGUACAUGCGCCCCGGCCUUGACGAAUGGUCCUACGAGACACUCAAUGAUAACGAUGGGGUCCUGCUGUGGGAGGAAUUCGGGUGUUACCGUGACAAACUAGUGCUGGGUACUCCCUUCUACGGGCGCACAUACACUCUUGGUAGCCCCGACAACAACGGCCUCCACGCCCCCGUCAAGAAGUGGGAAGGCGGCGGAAAGCCUGGACCAUACACCAACGCCACCGGAACCUUGGCGUACUUCGAGAUCUGCAAGAUGAUGGUUGACGACGCAGCCUGGGAAGACCGCUAUGAUGACGUCGGCCUCGUCCCAUACACUACGAAAGACGACCAGUGGGUUGGCUACGAGGACCCUGACAGCCUCAAGAUCAAGAUGGACUACAUUAAGGACAUGCAUCUGCUCGGGGCCAUGACCUGGGCCAUAGACCAGGACGAUUACCUGGGCUGGUGCAACAGAGGAAAGAAUCCUAUGAUGACAGUAAUCUACGAGGGUAUGAAGGACUAUAUCGUGCCAGUCUCUCCUACAACCACUCCCACGACAACGAGUCCUUGGUGGACACCACCUACUACCACCACCACCACUAGGGACCCCAGCGCCCCCACCACCACAACCACCACAAGGGACCCCAACGCACCCACAACUACGUUGGGUCCCGUAGACUGUAACGUGCAGGACUACUGGCCUCACCCUGACUGUGAUAAGUAUUACUGGUGCUUCGAUGGAGUGCCCCACCUAGAGGAGUGUCCGGCCGGUACGUACUGGAGUCAGGCCAACAAGAUCUGUGACUGGCCACAGAACGUCGACACCUCUGACUGCAACAUUCCUGCCCUAAAGAGAGACCUUCACCCCAAGGCCAACUCCAACAUCGCUCCUCCUCAGGUCAAAGGCAAACCCGCUCCUGCUCACCCCAAAGUCAAGCCUGCUGCUCCUCAGCCCAAAGCUAAGCCCGCUCCAUCCCACCCCAAGGCCAGCCACGACGCAAAAACUGAAAAGGCCCCACCUAUUGUAAAAAGGUUGAGGAACCAGCUACCAUAGCUACUAUGGCGGAAUAUUGUGCUUUACUAGAGCAACUUUAUAUAAUAAAAAUGUACCUGCAUUAUGCUAAUUCAUUUAUAAAAUUAGUCUUAAAAUAUAAAUGUUAAUGUAUU